AUGGUUGCCUUGUUUCGAUUCAUAUUUCAUCGGAUAAAGCAGUUUGAAUCAACGAAGAACGUACAGUAUUCUAAGAUUUUCUCUUCGUAUUACUCUUCAAGGAACAAUUACUCAGACACCUCUAAAACAUCAGAUAAUCCUUGUAAUCGUUCAAAACGAUGGAUUUUAUUGGGUUGCUUUGGUGCCUUAGGUAUUUCAUCCGGUUUAAUUUUGCUGAAAGAUAAAACGAACAUGGUGCAUUCUGAUUCGAACAUUGAUACGAGUAACUGUAAGAGAGAUGAUCUUCCUACUUAUCGGAUGCGCGAGGGUGUGUAUGAUAUUACUGACUUUGUUGAAAAUCAUCCAGGUGGUGAUAAAAUUUUGUUAGCCGCUGGAAAUUCUGUCGAACCAUACUGGCAAAUUUAUCAGCAGCAUCGUACACCAGAAAUUUUGCAAAUGCUAGAAGAAUUUAGAAUUGGUAAUUUGAGCAGUGAAGAUGUGUUGAUUGAAGAGGUUAAGGAUCAGAAUGAUAUUUAUUAUAACGAUCCAAAGCGGCAUCCAGCGUUAAUCGUCAAUUCUGAAAAGCCAUUUAAUGCCGAAACUCCCGUGGAAUUGAUCAUGGAUAGUUUCUUCACGCCCAAUGAUUUGUUUUACGUACGAAAUCAUAUGCCAGUUCCUAAUAUUGAUGCAAGAAAACAUUUGCUUACAAUCGAAGGUGUAUCUGUGAAGCAUCCUUUGGUUCUGUCAGUGGAUGACUUGAAACGUAAGUUUACACGAGUGGCCGUCAAUUCUGCUUUGCAGUGCGCUGGUAAUAGACGCAGUGAAAUGGGUAAAGUAAAAAAAGUUCAAGGACUUAACUGGAAGAGUACGGCAAUCGGUAACGCAAAGUGGGCUGGCGUACGGUUACGAGAUGUUGUCAUAGCAGCAGGUGUAUCUCCAACAGAUACCCGCAUCAAACAUGUUAUAUUACGUGGAGCCGAUGCAGAUAAUGAAGGUAAUCAUUAUGAAGCUUCGAUAUUGUUCGAAAAAGCAAUGAAAGAUGAAGUCAUUAUUGCUUACGAAAUGAACGGUGAAGAUAUUCCUAGAGAUCAUGGGUAUCCUAUACGGCUGAUUGCUCCGGGACUUGUCGGUGCUCGUCAGGUAAAAUUUCUAUCUGCCAUUAUUUUGAGUGAAGAGGAAAGUAAAUCACAUUGGCAAGCGAAGGAUUACAGAGGCCUUCCACCAUUUAUUGAUGCACAAAGCCAUCAGAAUGAUUUUCAGUUGCCACCUUCGAUUCAAGAAUUGCCUGUGCAAAGUGCUUUCUGCUAUCCAAAUUCACCUAUGACUAUACCACGCUAUUCAUGGUAUUUGUUGCCUUUAGUAUCUGGUCAGUUUGACGUAAUGGGCUACGCUUGGAGUGGUGGUGGGCGUGGUAUCAUACGCGUGGAGGUGUCAGUAGAUGGCGGUGAGACUUGGCAAGCUGCUGAGUUGAUACAAGAUCCGGAUCAAGAUAUUGAUCACAUGUGGUCAUGGACACUUUUCAAAUCAACCGUAAAAAUUCCGGACAAUGUGAAAAGACUAGAUUUGAUAUGCAAAGCGACCGAUCGUUCUUAUAAUACUCAGCCAGAUACAGUUCGAGGAAUUUGGAAUAUUCGUGGUUUUAUCAAUAAUGCUUGGCAUCAUAUCCCCAUAGAAAUUACGGAUGAAUGA